UUCAGUACUGUAGUAAAGUUUACCAAGAGACCACCGCUCACUCAGACAGAACCGAGCCUCGGACUCUGUUUUUCUCGUAUUUAAUUUGUGUUUUUUAAGAUUUAAACUCGGUUUGUGUUUUUAAAUCCACGUCUCAUCGCUCGGACUUGUCUUUUUGUCUUUUUUGGACGUGGAGCAGCUGGUAUCUACAACACAGCCUGUCCGAACCUGAACGAUGAAACGGUUCUGCUGAACGGAGGCUGCUUCUUCACAUUCCGGAUGAUGGCUUUGUAGCACCCCAGCUUCCUGCGAAUACUCCGGAGAGCCAGCGGCCAACCAUGGGUCCCCUCACUACACCUAAAAAAGGAAGGGAAGCGGGCUCCGUCGAUCCCUGGACGCCGACGUCCAACCUCAAGAUGCUCAUCAGCGCGGCCAGUCCCGACAUCAGGAACCGAGAGAAGGAGCUGUGCAUGGAUAACGACGGGCGGGAAGGCGUCGACUCGACACAGGACGCUGAAAAUGGAGAAGAGUCUGAGAAAAUGAUCAGCAGGAAAGAGAAGAGUCUGGGUUUGCUCUGUCAUAAAUUCCUCGCCCGCUACCCCGAUAACCCGAACCCUGACCUCAACAACGACAUCUGCCUGGAUGAUGUGGCCACUGAGCUCAAUGUAGAACGGCGGCGCAUCUACGACAUCAUGAAUGUGCUGGAGAGUCUCCACAUGGUGAGCCGAUCGGCCAAGAACCGCUACACGUGGCACGGCCGCACCAACCUGGCCCAGACUCUGGCCAUUUUGAAGCAGGUGGGCGAGGAGCACAAGUACGGCCAGCAGAUGCAGCAGAUCCGGCACUUCGACGGGGAAGAGAAGGAGAACGAGGAGGUGGUGGUGCACCUGGAGAACGGGGAGGGACAGAAGGAGCUCUUCUUUGUGGAGCUUCCAGGAGUGGAGUUCAAAGCAGCUUCCGUUAACAGUCGGAAAGACAAAUCUCUGAGGGUGAUGAGCCAGAAGUUUGUGAUGCUCUUCCUGGUGUCGAAUCCUCGCGUGGUCAGCCUGGACGUGGCCGCCAAGAUCCUGAUCGGAGAGGACCAGGGCGCCGAUCAAGACAAGAACAAGUUCAAGACCAAAGUGCGCCGGCUGUACGAUAUCGCCAACGUGCUGCGGAGCCUGAAGCUCAUCGAGAAAGUCCACGUGACCGAAGAGAGGGGGAGGAAACCGGCGUUCGAGUGGAUCGGCCCCAAAGAAUUCCCACAAGUCAAAGACUUGGAGAAAUCCACAUCCGAGUGCCCGCCCAAGAAGAGAAGUGUACUGGAGACGCGCACGUCUGUAGACAACUGUGCCAAAAACCUCUUUUCAUCGCCGAGGACUAAGCGUGGCUUCACCCGGCACCCCUCGCUCAUAAAGCUGGCCAGGAGCAUUCAGGACGACCGGCGAAAGAUCAACUCGGCCCCCAGCAGUCCCGUCAAGAGUUCGCUCAACGAGUCAUCGAACUCUGACUUCCCGAACAAAAUGGCUCAACUUGCUGCUAUUUGUAAGAUCGAACUUGACCAGGAAUCAGGGACUGGAGCUGAACAUCCAAAGCCUGCUGCUGCUUCUGCUUCUUCCGAGGCUGCGAGGCUCGAGCGGAUCUCCUCUGGCUUAAUGGAACGGCCUCAGGCACUGUUACUAACUCCGACCCAGGAGCCCGGAGUCAACACUACUGUCCACCUCACCCCCCACACCCCGCUGGGCGCCCUCCCCGCGGGCUCCGUCGCAUACAUCCCCGCACAGUGCUCGUCCCUGAUCCCCGUGUUGUUACCUCAGCAGCAGGGCGGCGGGCCCUACGCCGUGUAUUUGCAGCCUUCGUCCCCGAGGCCGAACCCUCUGGCCAGGCCGCAGCCGACCAGCCUCGCCGUGCGCUCCAUGACCUUCGAGGACAAGACGGGGCAGAGCCCGACGACGGGCCAGUAUGCGGCCAAGAGCCAGCCGGCCUCCAGGGCGUCAGAGGGCAGCCCCCAGGCGCUUAAACGGCUGCAUCCAGAUUCGGCCUCAGAGAGCAGCCCCUCUAAAGCCAGGAGGACAGACCCGAACUUUAAGGACACCUCUCCGAAGCUGUGUGAGAUCCUGCAGGCCCGUCUGAAGGCCCGUCGAGGCGCUCAGCUCUCGAGCCGACCCUCGCCCCGCGCCCUCCACCUGGACCCCGAGUUCGUCAACACCCCCGGCGGCGCCGUAGCCAAUCAGACGCUAGAGCAGAGCCUGGAGACCUUCCUGGACAGAGAGGACAAGAUGGCGAGCUCUGACAGCGAGGCGGGAUUAACACCGGUCCGAGCGGUACCCCUCACGCCAGGACAACUCCACUCUGAGACUUUAGUACCGGCUGGAUACCUGAUCCCGAUCUCUCAGCAGUCCCUCAUCGGCUACAAAGAAGCUCAGUGUUCAGGGAGAGAAAGCAGCAAGGCCUCAACUCCCACCUACAACAUCUACCAAACACCAACCGCAGGCUCCAGACCUUCCCUAGCCCAGGAGAUCACACCCACCAGCCUCCGACUUCACAAACCAGCCGCUGCUGCCUCGCCGCUCACCGCCCAGCAGGCCCACCGCCUCCACAGCCCCAGCCCCGCCAUCCUCAACUUCACCCUGCAGAACCUGGGCCUCAUCUCAGGCUCCAGCCCAGGAAACGGCUUCGCCGCGCCCCAGACUCCAGAGUGUGCCCACGCCCUGUCCAGCCCGCUGACUCUGCAGCAGAGAGGCAUGGUCUUCUUAAAACCCGUGUCGCCCGUGCCCAUCCAGCAGUCUUUAUCCGGGCAACAGGUGGCCCUGAUCAGUCUGCAACAGCCUCUGAUGACCACCCCCAAAGGGACGGGCCUCCCCCAGCACAGCUUCUUCCACACGCCGGUCCCCCUCUCCCCUCUGGCUGCCAUGGUAACCACCGGCGGACACCUCGCCACCAAAACUGUUUACAUCCCUCAGAGGAAGCUGGACGUGGCCACUGAGGACUCCUGAAGGGAACACCCCCUCCUCCUCCUCCUCCUCUGAUGUCUGUGUGUGUGUGUGUCUGUUUGGUGGGUGGGUGUCUUUAUUUUCUGUUCAGCGUUCUCCAUUAUUCAUUUACCUCUGAACGUUUCACGGUCACAGCCGUCUCUAACAGUAGCUGCCGUGCAGACUUCGGCUGUGACCCGGCGGUCACGCGUGGGAAUUCGAUUUCAAACCAGCUACUCAUGAACACUAUCGUCAUCGCCGUGCUGGUAGAAUCUGUUUUCCCGGGAGCAAAGUUCUUUUUUUUAAUUUGUUUGUUUGUUUGUUACUUCUGCAAAUGUGAGCGUUUCAUUUCCUCUCUUCAAAUUAGCAGCAAAUAUCGCAUCAAUACUAUAAAGAAAAAAAAGAGUCCGACGGACGUUUGACUGAGUCUGAUUGGAAACUUUGAUCAUUUUAUUAGUGGAAGGACUUUUGCACAUGUACAUGUACUGUUACCCCUGUUUGAAAAAAUGGAAAUGUUGAGAAUAUGUGAAUAUUUGUGAUUCAUUUUAAGACUAAUCAGACUUUUUUUUGAUAAGUUUAAUUUAUAAAUUACCGUCAGUGCUGACGUCCUGCUUCAUGUAAAGUGUUAAUUGAAUUUUAAUACAUGUUUUUAUGAA